UAAUUUCCCAAGACAUGCACUCUUUCCAAGUUUCGUUUCUUGUUCGGUGAAAACACCAUCACAUGACCGGCUCAGAUAAAUACAGACUCAGCUGCUGGUUUAUCAGAGGCUCGCAGGCAUUCAGAGCAGGACAUCAUACAGAAUUCAACAUGAGUGACGUAUUAAAGAAGUCCCUGAAGAGCCGUUUAACAAAGCUACAGUGUCAUUUCACAUGGAACCUCCUAGAUGAGGAACCUGACAUCGCUAAAGUAAAAGACAGGCUUUAUGACCAGAUUGCAUUUUUAGAUGCUACCUUCAAAUACAGGAUAUACAAUAUCCUGGCCUACACCAGUUAUCUGAAUGAGGAUUAUGAGGAAGCUACUGCUUAUCUACACAAAGCUGAGGAACAACUCCAAGAGAUUGAGACCCAGGACACAUAUGCCAAAAGUGUCAUAAUCUAUGCCAAUUAUGCCUGGAUAUUCUACCAUAGAAAUCAUAUUAUAAAAGCUUAUAUGUAUCUUAAAAAGGUUCGGGAAAUCAGGGAACAGUAUGAGUUCCCACCAAAAGAGAAUGCUCUUCUAUUUGAGAUGUACAGCGAGAAGGGGUUUUGUUUAUUAACCUUCCAUGGAAGACACAGUGAAAGGGCCAAAGAGUGCUUUAAGAAAGCUCUAGACCUGGAUCCAGAAAACCCAGAGCUGAAUUCUAGCUAUGCCAUUGCUGUGUUUAAACUUGAAGGCUACAACUGCCUGAAGAAGCCACUGGAUGAAUCCUUUCCACUUUUGAAACAAGCUGCACAGAUAAACCCAAAAGACACAGUUGUAAAGGUCUUUCUGGGUUUGAAAUACCAAGAUCUGAAUAACUCCAAAGAAGGCCUAAGAUUCAUAGAAGACGCUCUGCACGGGACACCAGAAUUUCCAUAUUUGCUUAGUUAUGUUGCAAAAUUUUACAGGAGAGAAAAAAUGACUGAUGAAGCCAUUUUGGUCCUCAACGAAGCAACACGGUUAAAUCCUACAUCAAGCCAUCUUCAUCACCAACUGGCUCAAUGCUACAAAAAAAAGAUGACCGCCUUAAAGAACUCUGCUCGAAAAGCAAAGUUACAAGCUCAAUGCACCAGAGCCUAUACCGAGGACAUUGCUGAUGCAGUCGCCAGUGCAAUAUUUCAUUUGGAAAAAGCUACUGAGUACAAACCAACAUUUGUAACAGCUCAUAUAGCCCUGGCCUGCAUGUAUGGGAGAGCAAAGCAAUACCAGAAAGCAGAUGAAAGAUUCCACCAAAUUCUGACCAUGGGCAACCUCACACAAGAGGAGAAACAGGACCUUCACCUGAAUUGGGCACAGUAUGAACAAUAUAAAACGAACUGUCAAAGUGAGUCAAUAAAGCAUUACAAAGAAGUCUUAUUAAUAAAAUGCCCCACAAUAUUUAGAGAAUUUGCAUUACAACAGUCCAAGAGUCUUGCUGAAGAAAUUCUCACAAAAAAUCAGUUUAAUGACACCGGAAUUGAUUUUCUAGACUUCAUUCAUGAACAAGAUUUUAUUUUACCAAAAUCUGCCAUGAAUGAUGUACCCUAUGAACAUAAUUCAGAGAAUGAGGAAUAAGUUGCAUAAUGAAAACGCAAACCCUCAGAUCGGUCAAAGCUUAUCUUAAAGGUCCGGACAGCUAAAGUAUACAACAGAAGAACUGAGAUCUUUAGAUUACAUGGCAAUGUUACUUACAUGGACAGAUUGGAUGCUCAUAUUUUAUUUCAGCUUGGUUGACCUUUUUAAUGCAAUUAACUGUAUAUUAGCAUUGCAAACAGGCCUGCCUUUAUGGAAAGGAAACAAUGACCAUAUUGUUGGAAGGUGGCAGACUCAUAUAUUUUUACAAUGAAAACCAACACUGAGAAAAGUAUUGGGGCCCCCAUCACUGAAUUUCUUAUAAAAAUUAAUUUAUAAAAAACAGCAUAACAGCAAUACCUAUAUCAAAAAAAAUUCCCAAAGGGAAAACACUGCGCUAAAUAGAUUGUGAAUGUAGUACACAGAUGAUGUGUGAUAAAUUAAUAACUAGCUGCCAGUACCAAAAAAUGUGUGAUACAAAACAUUUCUGUUGUCUCGAACGAUCAGACAAAAGAAAA